AGUUAUUAAUACUUCACGAUUCACAUAACACAAUAUACUUUGAGAUCAUAUUUUACUUGCCAAAAGUCACAAGUUUCACAAGUCAUAGAACGUGAUACUUCAAAUUUCACAAAUUUCCUAAUAUCAGGCCAUUACCGUGCCUACUGUUAAAAGCGGGCCGUGCCGUGCCGGCCAGCGGGCCGAGAGGUCGACCCAAGCACAGUCCGCUACGUGCUUCGGGCCUGCCCGGGCCCAGUUAAGAUCGGGCCGGGCCAAAUCAUCGUGCUUGCUCAACUUUAGAGUACAUAAGAAGAAAAAAUGAUCUUCUGCUAAUAAAUCGUGAAACAAAAAUCACCGUCUCCAAACUCCGGAACACGUCAGACCGGCGCCUGGGGUUUCGCUUCCCGAAACUUCCGACCGCCGUCGACACCAUGGUCUCCGGCGAUGAUAACGACCGUGACCGGGACCGGGACCGGGACCGGAACCGCGACCGCGACCGCGACCGCUCCUCCUCCCGCCACCACCGCGACAGGCACCACGAGCGCUCCUCCUCCCACCACCGUCGCGAUGACAGGGACUUCGAUUGGGACCGGGGCCGGGAUCGCCGCCACAGGGGGGAGAAGGAUAGGGACCGCGACGAGCAGGAGAGGGAGUGGGCGCCGCGGCGCGAGGAGAGGAGAGAUAGGGAGAGGUCGAGGCGGCGGGAUGCGGACGAGGAGUACGACGACAGCGGCCGCGACCGCAAGCGCCACCGCGUAUCCUCGCACCACCACCGCCGGGACACAGAGCCGGAGGCGGCGCCCGCUACCAAGGAUCAAGAGGGGGGCAUGAGGGACGAGCAGCAGCGGCUGGACGACGAGAUGGAGCGCCGCCGCAUCCGCGUCAAGGACUGGCAGGAGAAACGCCGCAAGCAGCAGGGUGCCAGCGGGGCCGGGCCCGAGGCGGGCGGCGGUGCCGUGGCGGGGAAGAAGUGGACCUUGGAGGGCGAGGACUCUGACGAGGAAGCGGAUGGCACAGAUUUGGGCGGAAGCAGUGUCAUGGAUGUUGAUUUCAACAAUGGGGGUAAUGCUACCAGUGGCCCUACUGAUGCGGAUGAGGAAGAGAUUGAUCCACUUGACGCAUUCAUGAACACCAUGGUGCUGCCGGAGGUUGCAAUGCUGGAGCGGAAUGCAGCAUCAGUGGACAGUGUACCAGCUUCCAAUGCAGUUGCUAAGAAAGGGUUGAAGAAGGGGACUGGGAGAAUCAUGCAAGGGGAUGACUCAGACUCAGAUUAUGAAGAUGUCGGGGAUGAUGUUGGUGCUGGAUUGGAGGACGAGGAUGACGAGGAGUUCAUGAAGCGUGUCAAGAAGACAAAGAUGGAGAAGCUGGGGGUUGUGGACCAUUCCAAGAUUGAUUACCAACCGUUCCAGAAGAAUUUCUACAUCGAGGCAAAGGACAUCAGGGAGAUGACAUCCGAGGAAGUGGCCGUGUACAGGAAGGAAUUGGAGCUCAAGGUGCAUGGGAAAGAUGUGCCCAAGCCAAUUAAGACAUGGUUACAGAGUGGGCAGACUAGCAAGCUCCUUGACACCAUCAAGAAGCUUGGUUUUGAGAAACCCAUGCCUAUACAGGCGCAAGCGUUGCCGGUCAUCAUGAGUGGCCGUGAUUGUAUUGGUGUUGCAAAAACUGGAUCUGGCAAAACACUUGCGUUUCUCCUUCCGAUGCUCAGGCAUGUCAAAGACCAGCCACCUGUUGCUCCUGGAGAUGGUCCUGUUGGGCUCAUUGUGGCUCCUACAAGGGAGCUUGUGGUGCAGAUAUACUUGGACAUUAAGAAGUUCUCUAAGGUGCUUGGCAUUAGUUGUGUUGCUGUCUAUGGAGGUUCAGGGGUUGCCCAGCAGAUCAGUGAACUGAAACGAGGUGCUGAAAUUGUCGUUUGCACACCAGGAAGGAUGAUCGAUAUCCUCUGUACUAGCAAUGGGAAAAUCACUAACCUUCGGAGAGUGACAUUCUUGGUGAUGGAUGAAGCUGAUAGGAUGUUCGACAUGGGUUUUGAGCCUCAGAUUACUAGGAUAAUUCAAAACAUCCGGCGAGAUAGACAAACGGUGCUUUUCUCAGCCACUUUUCCACGGCAGGUAGAGAUGCUGGCGCGCAAGGUGCUGAUCAAGCCCGUUGAGAUUCAGGUGGGUGGGAGGAGUGUCGUGAACAAAGACAUCACACAAGUAGUCGAGGUGCGGCCAGAAAGUGAGAGGUUCUUAAGGCUGUUAGAGUUGCUUGGGAAGUGGUGUGAUAAGGGGAAGAUUCUUGUGUUUGUCCACACUCAAGAUAAAUGUGAUUCUCUGCUUAAAAACUUGUUCCAGCAUGGAUAUCAGUGCUUGUCUCUACAUGGUGGUAAAGAUCAAGCCGAUCGUGAAUCAACAGUUGCUGAUUUCAAGAGUAAUAUCUGCAGCUUGCUGAUUGCUACUAGUGUUGCUGCUAGGGGUUUAGAUGUGAAAGAACUUGAGUUGGUUGUCAAUUACGAUGUCCCUAACCACUAUGAGGACUAUGUUCAUCGUGUUGGGCGAACAGGCCGUGCUGGUAGGAAGGGCUCUGCUGUGACUUUUAUUUCUGAGGAAGAGGAGCGAUAUGCGCCAGAUCUUGUGAAGGCACUGGAGCUCUCUGAACAGACUGUUCCAGAUGACCUGAAAGCCUUAGCUGAUCGGUUUAUGGCAAAGGUGAAGCAGGGAACAGAGCGGACCCAUGGUACUGGUUAUGGUGGAAGCGGUUUCAAGUUCAAUGAGGAAGAGGAUGAAGCGCGGAAGUUCACAAAGAAAGCUCAGGCAAUGGAAUAUGGAUAUGAGGAGGAAAAGUCAGAUUCAGAUUUUGACGAGGAAGAGGUACAUAAGGCAGGAGAUGACCUUGAUGUGCAGGCGGUGGGUGAACCGAGCACAAAUGAUGAAGCUAGGCUUCAUGCUCUUGAGGCUUUGGCACGGAUACAGCGCCAUGCGGUUCCUGACCACUACGAGGCUGAGCUUGAGAUUAAUGAUUUCCCACAGCAUGCUCGCUGGAGAAUCACUCACAAAGACACAUUAGGUCCUAUUCAGGAAGGUGGUGUUGCUAUCACUAUAAGGGGAACAUAUAUUGCUCAAGGAAAAAUUGUUGGUGCUAAUGAGCGCAAACUGUACCUGUUUAUCGAGGGCCACUCAGAGUCUUGUGUGAAGAAGGCAAAAGCGGAGUUGAAACGUGUCCUUGAGGAUUGUGUCAACCAGGUUCCCAAUCUACCUAAAUCUGCUCCAACUAAAAAAUACUCAGUUAUUUGAAGCAGCUUACAAUGGUUUGCAUGCCCACUAUGGUGUCGAUGGCCUGCUACUUCCAAUAUUCAGAUUGUCCACGGCUGUGGCGCUGUGCAACUCUUUUUCCUAACAGAGUCAUUAUAAGGCAGCUAAUGUUUACUUAGUGUCACAUGGUUAUUAGGGAAACUGUGUAAUUACAUUGAAUCGAGAUGUUUCUACAAUUUCUAUUGACAAGUUCUGGUUGCCUUUGGACAGAAGUCUUAUAAACUCAUACUGGUGGUUGCUGGCCUGUUAUAGCCGAAGAAAGACAUGCCUUUCUGGUUCGCUUUUGGAAUUGUUGAUUGGGUUAUGGCACCUUGAAAACGUAUUUUACUUUAUGUUUAAUUAUGGAUAUUUUACUCUUAUAUGAUAUAGACAGUUCGAAGAUUGUGUGACCAUGGUCUAUUUAAUCCAGGUAUCUUUACUUAUUUGCCCUCCCAGGAGCUAAUAAUUGAAGGAGUGAUAGUUUUAUCUUUUGGUUUGAUUCCAUUUACCCUUCAUUACUUCUGCUCUCUGAUUCUAGUCUUCUAAUAAUAUGUUAAAAAGGUACCGUGAUGAUGUUGUUUUCAUAUUGAGAUGCAGUUCUUAGUUUGCAAAGAGGAUCAUCAUUCAGCAGCAUAGAUAAUUUUUGUGAGGUGGUCUUCUGGUGUGUGUUCUAAUGAGGCUGGACUACUGGGCAGUAUAUUGGUUCCAUCUUUCACUAUAUAUUUUUGUCCUUUGGAUUUUCAUAGUAUCUUCUAAUGAGAUGUUCUCCUCCUUUUUCCUUUUUGACCCGAGAAAAGAAACAACCCGGUAAGAUUGGGUGCUAUUCUUGCUUGUUUGAGAUGGUGACAAUGACUGAUGAGUGUUUUCAGUGAUCAGCAGGGACCUGGUGAUCAGGACUCAGCAAAAGAUGGUGUAACUAGCUUCAUAUAUGGAGUAAUGUUUUUUCUUGCUUAUAUUUCUAAUAGUAAAUAAAACAGUGCUUGAAUAGGGCGAGAACAGAAGCGCAGAAGAUCAUGGAGAAACUAAAAAAAUCAGGCGGGUGCUCUGGACUGGAGCAGCAUGCCCACACGAUACCAAGUGGAGCCGUGCAGCCCAUGCCGAGGACUGGGCUGCUGCUUUUGUCUUUCUUUUGAAUUUUUGCACAUUACACACACAUGUUCUCAGGAUUUUGUUUAGCUACUAGAUUUUUGGAGAAAUACAGAGUCAUUUAUUCAAGGCAUUGGGUUGAGUCCGGUUACUA